AUGAACAGUUCUGGAUUCUUGAUUUGGAUUCAGAAAUCUAUUACUUGGAGCAACUUGGGGGCCCCCCAAAUUGCUGAUCCAUUUGCAGGUCGUACGAAGCAACUCUAUGGUGAUGGAACUGUCAAACCAUUGGUUGAUGAAUUCAAUUUUGUCAAGGUGAAUGUUGGUGGCCCAGAUUUGGUGGCACACUCUAGGUGUCCACAGUUUGAUGCAUUGAAAUCGGAGCUGAAGGAUCGACACAAAAAGUUAUGGGAUACUUCAUCAAGUGGUACCUCUAGAGGACUCAGAGAGGGGAAGGAGCUGGAUGACUUAGUCCCUACACUAUAUAUAUAUGAGCACGAGGAGGGUGCCAUGAAAAAGGCAGCGAGGCAACACUUGUAUAGUGUGCCGCUUAGUAGUGCAUCGACAUAUAAUGAACACUUUAAUGAAAUAGAAAUGGCAUGGCUUACAAAACUAAAUGCUGAUGACUUCAUAGCACUCGAAAAGGAGGGGAAGUGGAAGUGUUGGGAGGACUGUGCUGCAUGGCUAACGUCCCAUUCAGUAACGACCGACCGCUACCUUGUCCCCAAUUUGGAAGCGAUUGGAGGGCUGGAAGAGUUUCGAUUCAAAAGCAUUACAGCUGAGGAGUUGGAGUGUUUGGAGGGCUGGGAAAACCCGUUUUGCCACGGUGAUUAUACUUAUGUGCUGGGGGUGGAGCCUCGUGCUUUAACCAAUGAACUCUGUUUUGGGGUAUUGUUGGCCAUGAGUGGGUUCGAUCCUCUUUUGACGAAGACCACUAUGACAUAUUAUGGUGCCUCGAUGAUGGCUGAGUGUAUUAGACGUGGGUUCAAACGGACCACCAUUGGUCACUAUGGGAUGAAUGGAUACAACAAUGAACGGACUCGGUGA